GUCAUCACGAGGCGCCGAGGAGGGAAGCGGGAAGCGCAGUGUGUUCGGGGCCAUAAUGGCAGUCAAGUGGACUGGUGGACAUUCUUCACCUGUUCUCUGCCUAAAUGCAAGUCAAGAAGGGCUGGUGGCUUCUGGAGCAGAGGGUGGUGAUCUUGUCAUUUGGGGUGAAGAUGGGACUCCAUUAGGACAUACACGCUUCCAAGGGGCUGAUGAUGUUACCAGUGUCUUAUUCUCUCCCUCCUGCCCCACCAAGCUCUAUGCCUCACAUGGAGAAACUAUUAGCUUACUGGAUGUCAGGUCCCUCAAAGGUUCCUUGGACCAUUUUCAUGUGAAUGAAGAAGAAAUCAAUUGUCUCUCAUUGAAUGAAACUGAAAACCUGCUGGCUUCUGCUGAUGACUCCGGAGCAAUCAAAAUCCUAGAUUUGGAAAAUAAUAAAGUUAGCAGAUCACUGAAGAGACAUUCCAAUAUCUGUUCUUCUGUAGCUUUUCGGCCUCAAAGGCCUCAGAGCCUGGUAUCAUGUGGACUGGAUAUGCAGGUGAUGCUGUGGAACCUUCAGAAAGCACGGCCACUCUGGAUUACAAAUUUGCAGGAAGAUGGAACAGAAGAGAUGGAAAACCCCCAAUCACCUGGUCAGCUUUUAAACCCUGCUUUAGCCCACUCUGUGUCUGUGGCUUCAUGUGGCAAUAUUUUUAGCUGUGGUGCAGAAGAUGGUAAGGUUCGAAUCUUUAGGGUGAUGGGAGUUAAGUGUGAACAAGAACUGGGAUUUAAGGGCCACACUUCGGGAGUAUCCCAGGUCUGCUUUCUGCCAGAAUCCUAUAUGCUGCUCACUGGAGGGAAUGAUGGGAAGAUAAUGUUGUGGGAUGUAAGCAGUGAAGUUGAAAAAAAACAGAAGAGCCCUACAAAACAUACCCACAGGAAGAAAACUAAAAGAGCAGCUUAUACGAAGCAGGGUGGAAAUACUCAUGCUCUAGUAGCAGAUGAAGAAGAACAUGGCAAAAUUUUGCCGAAGCUAAGUAUUGAACAUGGAGAAAAGGUGAACUGGCUCUUGGGUACAAAAAUAAAGGGAUACCAAAAUAUAUUAGUAGCUGAUCAAACUAGUUGUGUAUCUGUAUAUCCCUUAAAAGCAUUUUAAAUCCAAUAAAAACAUUUGGAAAAAC